UUCGGUUUGGACAGUGCGCUUCCCGUAGUUGUGAGCUGCAAACGGGAUAAAUGAAAAAGAUGCUUCCGUUUGCCUAGCUGUGUUUGGAUAUUUUUAAUCAUGUCUCUGAAUGGAGGAGGAAGCAGAGGGUUUUAUUUUAACACAGUUUUAUCUUUAGCACGGUCGCUGGCAGCCCAUGGACAAGCUCCAAUCGAAAAGGUGCAGAAGUUGCAGUGCAUGUGUCCUGUUGAUUUCCGUGGAGUCUACCAGUUAGAUGAGAGGAGGAGAGAUGCUGUCAUUGCACUAGGUGUCUUUUUGGUUGAAUCAAACCUUCAGCACAAAGAUUCCAUUGUUCCAUACCUUCUGGGGCUACUGAAAGGCCUUCCCAAAGUUCAGUGGAUUGAGGAAAGCUCCCUACGUAAAGGACUUGACACUCUCCCUGUUGCUGAAAACUUCAGCUUUAGUCUUGUAACACUGCUCUCAGAUGUGGCCCAGAGUGAUGAGGCCUUACGUGGACAGAUUUUGGAGGCUAUCAUGGAUCUCAUGCAAGUGCUACAAGACAUCUGCAAGAAUCCAGAUUCUCAUGACAAAGAGUACCUCUGUAAGUACACAGUGCCAACUCUCCUUGGGGUGGCUCGAGCCUUUGGGAGAUACAGCAACACAGAUGAGCCAUUGCUGUCCAAAUUAUUCCCUCGACCAGUGGCCCCAGUGUUACCUACAAAUGAAGAGAGUGACUCUGUACACAGAAGAUCAUUUAAUGAUUUCCGUUCAAUAAUGCCCAGCUCUUUGCUGACUGUUUGUCAGAGUGACACUUUAAAGCGUAAAGGUUCCUCUGUUUCCAGUGUCUCACAGCAGGCCAGUCCUGAAAGAGCAGGUCUUACACCCAGCUCCCCUGCUGAUCCUUCUGUGCAAUAUUUUGAGGGCUCUUACCUCCCUGAUGGCAGCGCUGUGGACCCUGAAUAUUACUUCUCCACUAUCAGCUCAAGCUUCUCUGUGUCACCUCUGUUUACUGGAAGGAGCACAGGAGAGUUUCAUGUCCCUAUUGAUACACUGAGGCAGCUGCUUCACAUGGUUGAACAGUUUGUGUCUGAAUCAUUUUUAAAAUCACUAGAUGACACUUUGGCUGAGCUUUUAGAGGCAAAUCCAAAUUUUCAGCUAUAUUACAAAACCUUUAGUGAUCCUCUGUAUGUAGCUAUUUUUAAAAUGCUACGGGACACUCUGUAUAAUCUAAAGGAUCUCCAGACAGACUUUGUAAAAGAGGUUCAUGACUUUGUCCUGGAGCAGUUUAGCAGCAGCCAGUCAGAGUUACAAAGGAUAUUACAUGAUGUGGAGUAUCUGCAAAGUGAGCUGAGCCCACUCAAAUUGCGCUGUCAGGCCAAUGCGGCUUGUGUGGACCUGAUGGUGUGGGCCGUGACUGAAGAACAAGGAGCUGAAAAUCUCUGCACUAAACUGUCUGAGAAGCUUCAGUCAAAAACAUCUAGCAAAGUCAUUAUUGCCCACAUGCCCCUACUCAUUUGCUGCCUUCAGGGUCUUGGCCGUCUAUGUGAGCGCUUUCCUGUUGUUGCUCACUCGGUCACCAUGUCUUUAAGAGACUUCUUGGUGGUGCCUUCUCCGGUUUUAGUGAAGUUGUACAAAUACCACAGCCAGUACACAACAGGAGGCAGUGAAAUAAAAAUUCAUGUAACCAAUGAACAUUCUCAGUCAACACUGAGUGCUAGUACAAGCAAGAAGAGCCAGCCUACUAUGUAUGAACAGUUGAGGGACAUCUCAAUAGAUAACAUUUGCAGGUGUCUUAAAGCAGGCCUCACUUGGGACAAUGUCAUAGUAGAAGCAUUUCUUGCAAGUCUUUCUAACCGUCUUUACAUCUACCAAGAAAAUGAUAAAGAUGCUCAUUUGAUCCCAGAUCACACCAUCAGGGCUUUGGGUCACAUUGCUGUGGCCUUACGAGACACUCCCAGGGUAAUGGAGCCCAUACUUCAAAUCCUACAACAAAAGUUCUGUCAGCCUCCAUCUCAGCUUGAUGUCCUCAUCAUUGACCAACUGGGCUGCAUGGUCAUCACAGGCAAUCAAUACAUCUACCAGGAAGUAUGGAAUUUAUUUCAGCAGAUCAGUGUUAAAGCUAGUUCCAUGGUUUAUUCUACCAAGGACUAUAAGGAUCAUGGAUAUAGACAUUGUUCCCUUGCUGUGAUAAAUGCCCUGGGUAACAUAGCAGCAAAUCUCCAAAAUGAACAAAUGGUGGAUGAGUUACUUGUGAACCUGUUGGAACUUUUUGUUCAACUUGGCCUGGAAGGCAAAAGAGCAAGUGAGAGAGCCUCAGACAAAGGUCCAGCUUUAAAGGCAUCUAGCAGCGCUGGAAAUCUUGGAGUCUUGAUCCCUGUUAUUGCUGUGCUAACCAGGAGACUUCCACCAAUUAAAGAAGCAAAGCCACGUUUGCAAAAGCUCUUCAGAGACUUCUGGCUCUACUCUGUUGUCAUGGGUUUUGCCGUAGAGGGUUCAGGCCUGUGGCCAGAAGAAUGGUAUGAAGGAGUUUGUGAGAUUGCAACUAAAUCCCCCCUGCUCACGUUUCCAAGUGGAGAACCUCUGCGCUCUGAGCUACAGUACAAUUCUGCACUGAAGAAUGACACUGUCACUCCUGCUGAACUGAAUGAUCUUCGGAGUACUAUCAUCAACCUGCUGGACCCUCCUCCAGAUGUGGCUGGUCUGAUCAACAAGUUGGACUUCGCCAUGUCAACUUACCUCUUGUCGGUUUACAGAUUGGAAUAUAUGAGGAUGCUGCGUUCUCUGGACUCUGAUCGGUUUCAAGUCAUGUUUCGAUAUUUUGAAGAUAGAGCUAUUCAGAAGGAUAAAUCUGGUAUGAUGCAGUGUGUGAUUGCUGUCAGUGACAAAGUUUUUGAGGUCUUUCUUCAAAUGAUGGCAGAAAAAGCAAAAACCAAAUCUCACGAAGAAGAGCUAGAGCGCCAUGCCCAAUUUCUCUUGGUCAACUUUAAUCACAUACAUAAAAGAAUACGGAGAGUGGCAGACAAAUAUUUAUCUGGACUUGCUGAAACUUUCCCUCAUCUGUUGUGGAGUGGCCGUGUGCUCAGGACCAUGUUGGAUAUCCUGCAGACACUCUCCCUUUCUCUCAGUGCAGACAUCCACAAAGACCAACCAUACUAUGACAUCCCAGACACACCCUACAGAGUCACUGUCCCAGACACAUAUGAAGCAAGAGAGAGUAUAGUGAAGGAUUUUGCAGCACGCUGUGGAGAGAUCCUUAAAGAAGCCAUGAAGUGGGCACCAUCUGUGACCAAAUCACAUCUACAGGAAUAUCUAAACAAGCAUCAAAACUGGGUGUCAGGGCUGUCUCAGCACACAGGCUUAGCUAUGGCCACAGAGAGUAUCUUGCAUUUUGCUGGCUACAACCGAGAGAGCACCACACUGGGGUCCACUCAAUUGACAGAAAGGCCUGCCUGUGUCAAGAAGGACUAUUCCAAUUUCAUGGCAUCACUAAACCUCAGAAACCGAUAUGCUGGAGAGGUAUCGGGCAUGAUCCACUUUGUCCAAGCAGUUAAAGGACAGUCUGAUUUAAGUCGACUGAUGAUCAAACAGAUGGGGGAAGCUUUGGAUUCGGCACAGCCUGAAGCAUUCACUGAGGCCAUGUUCAAACUGGCUGCAUUGCUCAUCAGCACAAAGGAUUGUGACCCUCAGCUCUUGCACCAUCUCUGUUGGUCUCCUCUCAAGAUGUUUACAGAGCAUGGCAUGGAGACUGCUAUUGCCUGCUGGGAGUGGCUGCUGGCUGCCCGUGCUGGAAUUGAAGUCCCGUUUAUGCGGGAGAUGGCAGGAGCUUGGCAGAUGACUGUGGAGUUGAAGAUGGGCUUAUUUUCCAAUGCUCAGGUUGAGGCUGAUCCUCUUGCUGCAUCUGAAGAAAGUCAACCUGUGCCCUGUCCCCCAGAUGUGACCCCUCACCACAUUUGGAUAGAGUUUCUAGUCCAGAGGUUUGAAAUAGCAAAAUAUUCUAGUGCAGAUCAAGUGGAGAUUUUUGGCAGCUUGCUUCAGCGUUCUCUGUCUCUUAAUGUUGGUGGCAAUCAAAGUAGUCUCAACCGCCAUGUAGCUGCUAUUGGACCUCGCUUCAGAUUGCUUACUCUGGGUCUGGCUUUGCUUCAUUCUGAUGUGGUCACAAAUGCCACUGUUAGAAAUGUUCUUCGUGAAAAAAUCUAUUCUACUGCCUUUGAUUACUUUAGCGUUAACCCAAAGUUCCCAACUCAGUGCGACAAGCGACUACGUGAAGACAUCAGUGUAAUGAUCCGUUUCUACGCAAGCAUCCUUUCUGACAAGAAAUAUUUGGCUGCGUGUCAAUUGGUCCCACCCGGUGAGCUUGGUACUAGCCCUGUCCCGAGCACCCUCUCUGCUGGAAUUUUUGGAUCGCUAAUUGUGUCCAGCACUUCUCCGAUAUCUAUCUUGAACAAUCAAGACCCAUCAUUGAACAGUCUCUCAGUGAUGAAUGCUGCUGACCUCCGGAGCAAUAUGGACUCCAGCUCUCGCUCUCAGCAGAGUGGUCAGGGGUGGAUUAACACAUAUCCUCUCUCCAGUGGAAUGUCUACUGCAUCUAAAAAGUCAGGCACAUCAAAGAAAAGUAACAGAGGAACACAACUUCAUAAGUAUUAUACAAAACGCAGAACUCUGCUGUUGGCAUUGCUGGCCAGUGAGAUUGAGCGGCUGACCACAUGGUACAAUCCCCUUUCCACCCAGGAACUAGCCAUCGCCACUGAACAGUCUGUGGAAACUAGCAUCUCCAACUGGAGAUCCAAAUACAUCAGUCUAACUGAGAAACAGUGGAAGGACAAUGUGAAUUUGGCCUGGAGCAUUGCACCAUACCUGGCAAUGCAGCUUCCAGCAAGGUUCAAAAAUGACGCCAUUGUUGCUGAAGUGACCCGGCUGGUGAGACUUGACCCUGGAGCUGUCAGCGAUGUACCAGAAGCUGUAAAAUUUUUAGUGACCUGGCACACAAUUGAUGCUGACUCUCCUGAGCUGAGCCAUAUCUUAUGUUGGGCACCAGCUGAUCCUCCCACUGGUCUGUCCUAUUUCAGCAGCAUGUACCCACCACAUCCGCUCACUGCACAGUAUGGCGUCAAGGUCCUGCGUUCUUUCCCCCCGGAUGCUAUUCUGUUCUACAUUCCUCAGAUUGUACAAGCAUUGCGUUAUGAUAAGAUGGGUUAUGUGCGGGAGUACAUCCUUUGGGCAGCCCAAAAAUCCCAGCUGCUUGCUCAUCAGUUUAUCUGGAACAUGAAGACCAACAUUUUCGUGGAUGAGGAGGGACAUCAGAAAGAUCCUGACAUUGGAGAGCUACUGGAGCAAAUGGUUGAGGAAAUCAUCAACUCACUGUCCGGACCAGCAAAGGAUUUCUACCAAAGAGAGUUUGACUUCUUCAACAAGAUCACCAAUGUGUCAGCCAUUAUCAAGCCUGUUCCAAAGGGUGAGGAGAGAAAACGGGCCUGUCUUAAGGCUUUAUCUGACAUCAAGGUUCAACCAGGGUGCUACUUGCCAAGUAAUCCUGAAGCAAUUGUUCUCGAUAUUGAUUAUAAAUCCGGAACACCUAUGCAGAGUGCUGCUAAAGCACCCUACCUUGCGAAGUUCAAAGUAAAGCGUUGUGGUGUGAGUGAGCUGGAGAGGGAAGGCCUGCGCUGCCCCUCGGACUCAGUAGAAGAUGGAGAGGAAAAUCCUGAUGGCUCUCGCAAAGUUUGCUGGCAGGCAGCCAUUUUUAAAGUGGGAGAUGACUGUAGACAGGACAUGCUUGCUCUACAAAUUAUUGGCCUUUUUAAAAAUAUUUUUCAGUUGGUUGGUUUGGAUCUGUUUGUCUUUCCAUAUAGAGUGGUAGCAACAGCUCCAGGGUGUGGCGUCAUUGAAUGCAUCCCCGACUGUAAGUCCCGUGACCAACUCGGCAGACAGACAGACUUUGGAAUGUAUGACUACUUCCGUAACCAAUACGGAGAUGAAUCCACUUUAGCUUUCCAAAAGGCCCGAUAUAACUUCAUUCGCAGUAUGGCUGCCUAUAGUCUUCUAUUGUUUCUGCUGCAGAUCAAAGACAGGCACAAUGGGAACAUCAUGUUAGACAGCAAGGGUCAUCUCAUUCACAUUGACUUCGGCUUCAUGUUUGAGAGCUCCCCUGGUGGUAACCUCGGCUGGGAGCCAGACAUCAAAUUGACUGAUGAGAUGGUCAUGAUUAUGGGAGGCAAAAUGGAAGCUACACCUUUCAAGUGGUUCAUGGAGAUGUGUGUCAGGGGAUACCUUGCUGUACGACCCUACAUGGAUGCAGUAGUUUCAUUAGUGACGCUGAUGCUGGACACUGGACUGCCAUGCUUCAGAGGGCAAACCAUUAAGCUUUUAAAAGGACGAUUCAACCCACAAAUGAGUGAGAAAGAGGCAGCAGCAUUCAUGAUCAAAGUCAUUCAGAGCUGUUUCCUUAGUAGCAGGAGCAAGACCUAUGAUAUGCUGCAGUAUUAUCAAAAUCAAAUCCCAUACUAAAACGUCUACAUGGACAUCACUGCAAUGCAAAACCUUCCAGUCUGCUGCUUUCCUGUGGUUAAUUUUUUAAGGUUGUUAAUUAUUUAAAUCAAAAGAGGUAUAUGAAUUUCCCUUUAAGUGUUCUCUUCACAUUGCUGGUAUUUGUUACAAUGAAUAACUUGUGGUAACACAAGUGGAAGCUGACCAAAAGGGAGCCAUAUUUCUGUAUAGUGUGUGUUAAAGCAGAUAUUUUAUCAUUGUCAUUAUGCUGAUGUCCACUUAAUGCUGGUAUGCACUUUACAGAUCACAGUAUUUAAUUCACUUCAGCUGCUCAAUGGUUAGGUUUUAGAAUUAUAAAUUCAUCUUUUUUAACUAUUCACACUAUGUUGAUUUGAAAUAUAUCUAAGACUAAAUCAAAAAUUUACAUUGUAUGAAUGUUUGUUAUUAAUUGGUGUUUGGAAAACCAAACUUCUCCCAGAACUAUUACACUGCAUAGACAUAGACAGGAUUUGGGAAUGUUUAGCUGUGCUUAUUUUUAUGGUAAAACUGCAUCUUUUAGACUUUUUUGACAUUCCCAAAUGGCACUCCUUUUAACAUAACAGUAAAUGUGUCAUAAUAUCUAUGUUGAGUGUAGACGUUGUAGACUUCCCUUUAGACAGGAGUGUAUGUCAUUUUAAAUGUCACAUUCCUAGUCACACAUGCUGUUUGAGUUGCACAGACUCGAUGACUGCAAACGAUUAAAAAGCCAUUCCCCACGUUAGUACAGACACUGUGGCAGCCUGUAGUAAUACUUGAUGAUUAACCUUAUGCAAUAUAUUAAUAUUUAAUAGUGUAUUCAUUUGUGGCUGUGUUGUAACUAACUCCCACCUUACAUAGCAAGUAUUAUUUAGUGCAAAAGAAUGCAUAUUAAGGGUAAAUUAGGCUGCAUUGUUUAAACAGCAGUAAAAAGGUUAAUGAAGUUGUAAAGGUAAAGAAGUCUCUGUCAGUCUAAGUACUUUUUGAUGAAGCCAUUUCUUGUGUUUUGUCUUGUCCAAGUUACAGUGUGUCCAUGUUUCUUUGAGCUGUCCCGAUGUCUGUAGGCUACUGGUUUGAUAUGUUAAUGUAAGUGUGCAGUUUUUGCUCAGUUCAGUACUGUUCAGACGACAAUCAUCUGUCUCCAGGUUAAUGUGACAUCAAUAUGUUGUCAUUUCAAAUAUGACACACUCAAGCACAAAUCUGUUCUGUCAGAAGAGCAUUUCAGGAACAGUCUUACAUUGAUUCAACAAUAAAAGUAUAUUGAAUCUCCCUUA